AUGAACACUUCCUCAACGCUUCACGAGCGUUUGUCGCGCCUGGAAUCACAGGCAUCCUUCCAGGAGCUUCACCUCGAUGCCUCGGGGGCGUUGCCGGCGUUGCCGUUGCCGGCUCGGCGGCUGCGCGUGUGGUUGAACAACGGUACGUUUACUCCGAGUUCUUUGGCCCAGUGCUUACAACAGUGCUACCAUGACCUGUUGGCCAAAGCGCGGCAGGACGACGUGUACGUAGAGGAUCUCUCGGUGCUGCCAAACUUCGCCAGCGAAGGUCAAUGCCAGAUGGAGCCUUCGGACCUGCAGGAGCAUGUCGCGGUGGGUGGCACCUUUGAUCGUUUGCAUCAGGGACACAAGGUACUCUUGAGCUGUGCUGCGGCCAUUGCCACCAAAGGCCUGGUGGUGGGCAUCUCUGGCGAGCCGCUGCUGCGGGAAAAGGCUGCAGCAACAUACCUCCAAAGCUGGGGUGAACGUGCUCGCGCAGUGGCUGCCUUUCUGGCGCUCCAGAGACCAGAUCUGACGCUACGCCUGGAGGAAUUGCAGGAUGCCUUUGGCCCCUCCCUGUGGCCGCAACUGGGAGCAUUGGUGGUGUCGGCCGAAACCGAUGCGGGCGGCCACGCAGUGAACGAGAAACGCCGCGCCCUGCAGCGACGCCCCGUGCAGCUGCUGGUGGUGCCACUGGUGCAAUCGAAUCAAGGUGAAAAGUUGAGUUCCAGUGCGCUGCGCUUGGAGGACGAGGUACACCUGGCCUUCUGGCGCUGCUGGAAACGCAGCGAGAUCGACUUACGGACGGGAGGAGCUCGUUGGUCCAAGCUGCUGCCGCCAUUGGCGAAGAUGGCUGCGGAGAGACUCAGUGAGAGGCCAGAGGAAUGCCAGCGGCAGUUGCAUCGCUUGAUAGCGCCUAGCACACCGGAGAUAGCCCUGGCCAGGUGCUUGGAGUUUCUCUUCGUUGUGGCCGGUUCCGAGCUGCUGGAUGUGAUGGCCAAAGAUUUUGCCUUCGAUGCGGCCACGGAGCACCGUUCCGGGGGAGGAUCGCCUUCGACGGGAGCUUUGUCAGUCGUCAUCACGCCUGUGAGAAAAAUGGGGCAAAAGUUGAGCGUCCUGAAGUUCUUGGGGACUGCCAUCCCCAUUGCCAUGCAAGGCACAUGGGAAGUGUUCCAUCCAUGUCCAGAUGAAGUCUUGCAGCUGGGAUGUAUGCUGGCGCUUCAGAAGAAACUGCCCAGGCCUGGUGUGGAGGCUCUCAUCUCCCAAGACCUCUCGUCACCAGAGGAGGACUUGAAGUUGCUGCAGAAUUUGGCUGGUCAAAAUGACCCAGAUGCUGUGGCCAUUUGGGUCUGCAAUGGCAGAAGAAUAGACCUUCAGGCUGGUGGCCAAGCCAUCUCAGCUCGUCACGUCCAUGCUCUGGAACUGCUAGAGGGUCAGUAUGAUUUGCCAAAGUCUUCAUCGGAAGAACCAGAGGAGUCUGAAGAAGAGGAUUCCAAGGACUCACCGGAACUUCGGAACAACUCGUCCCAGCUUGGAAGUUUGAAAUUCCAGGCGGAGCUCACAGAGGUCGAAGUCACGACCAAGGCACUGUCACAGUGGUUGGCCGAUGAAAGCGCCAGCCUACCAGCAGGGUCACUCAGAGUGGCGAGUGUUUAUGGUUUGGUGGCUGCUAUUCGUUCAGAGGUCUUGUCUCAUGCCAAGCAUGAUCGGUUCACACAACCUGCGAAGAUCUUUGAACGGGCACCAGCUGCAUUCAGGGUGAAGAUUCCUCCCGCGAAACCGGAUGCGGUGAAUUUGGUCUUGAACCCAACUUUGCAAGUGGAAGAAUACCCUCUGAAGCGCUACUACCGCGAGGUAGUACGUUGGCCUGAGCGUUUGGCGGAUGGCCGGCUGCUUUCAGAUGUGGCGGAGGAGGCCAAUGCGCAGGCCGAGCAUGACAUGGACAACCUGCGCCCAGUGGAUGUUCUGAGCAAAGGCACGGCGGCACGGCAUGGAGUCCACAAUGGAGUGGUCAUUGCCAGACCACGCAAGUAUGCACUUCGACAGCUCUACGUGUUCCCGGCAUGUCCGUGGAGCUUGUCAGCUGAAGGAUGGCCCAUCGCCACAGCCAAGGGGAUGCAGGCUUCAGAUGACACCAUUGUCAUGGGCAACCUGGGCUAUUUCCAGGCUUUGCUCAUGGCUAUGCCCCUGGACCUUGACCCAAAAAUCCUCCCGUUGCCCGCGUGCAGCGCCAUGAGUGCCACUUGGACGCUGGUGUCCUUCAUCACGGCCUUUCUAGCGGAACUCAGCGGUGCAGCCCUAGGCUUCGGGCCAGCCAUUCUCUAUGAAAUUUCUUGGCAACUUUGCUGUGUCUUCGGGCUCACAAGCGGUACACUGGAAAAGGCAGUCUUCCAUAUCGUCUUGCAGGAGGCGGCCUGCAGCACAUUUCAACUGCUGGUGCUGCGCCACUUCUGGCGACCACGGCUGGCGGCACAGCUAGCGUUGCCCUUUCUGGCAACCGUACCGCUUGGUACCGCGUUACUGGAACACUUCGGCCACUCCCUGCUGGCCAAACAGAUCCUGGGUGGGGCCUUUCUGCUGCUGGCAGCAUUCAACCUUUGGAGACAGCAUGCUAGGCACAUGCAUAGUUUGGCACACAAGCAGAACAUGGAGGAGUGUCACUGGUUUGUGAUGAUCGGCCUGGCCCUGACGGCUGCCAGUGCGGGUCUACUCCGUGGCGCCUUAGGGGUGGCAGGACCCCCUUUCAUGGUCCUGCUGCUCUUCUUCAGCGUGGACCGAGAAGUGUGGCGUUCUGUGGCCAACUUUAUCCGUUUCACGGGGAUGCUGGUGCAGGGACUGAUGCUAGGCUUUGACCAUCAGGUCGAUUUGUCAGAUUGGCCAACCUAUUUGGCUCUGAUUUUCGGUGGCCUGCUGGGCUUGUUGGCUGGAAAUCAGCUGGCGGAAAAGGUGGAUGGUACUGCCUUCCAUCGAUGGCUCUUAUUAUUUCUGGCGGCUGGGGGAUUGCUGAUGCUGAGCUCUGGGAAUCCAGUUCUCAGCGGGUGCUUUGCAGCCCUGGUGGCGGUAAGUGCCUUAUUGGUCCUCGUCUCAGUGACGAGAGGAGCAUCGAGUGAGUCAAGACUCAUGUGCAAUGCCAAUGUGGAGAAAGUGGAGCUGCAAGAUAAAGGUGAGAAGAUGUCCCAACCCCUCUGCAAGGGCUUAGAGGUCGCAUCCCAGCUGAGUUCGAAAAGUAUCUCAAACGUUUAAUGCUCGCGAGAUGCGCCAGGCGCCUUUCGAUCUACGCUCUUCCCUCACUGAGAAGGCACACCAUGUCUGACUUGAUGGCCCCCCUCAACAUCUGAAGGCCCACCUAUACAAUGUUGUUGUGGGAUGUUCCCGUAUGGUGUUUUGGCAUUGAGAAAUAGCUGUGUUCUUGGGUCCAUAGUAGACCUGCCUGUGUGGCACUUUGUUUUUUCAGCGUGCUUAAACGCAUGCUGUUCGCAUUUGUUUGCUUCAUGUCACUGUGCCUUGCAAGUUUUGUU